AUGAGCAUCCUCGUCCUAGGUGGAAGGGGCAAGACAGCGACUCACCUCGCAAUCUUGCUCGAGCAGCAUAACAUUUCUUUCGUGGUUGCUUCUCGCAACCCCACGGAAAGCGGUUCAUUUCAGCAUCUACGAUUCGACUGGCUCGAUGAGAGUACAUACGAUAACGUGAUAGCCCCCAGCAUGGAUCGCAUUAGGGCUAUCUAUAUGGUUGCCCCGGAGGUACCAGACUGUUUGACUCCCAUGAAGAGAUUUAUCGACCAUGCUCGCCAAAGGGGUGCCAAAAGAUUUGUGUUAUUGAGCUCGAGUGCCAUUGCAGCGGGCGGUCCCUUUUUCGGCAAGGUCCAUGAGUACCUCUGCACCUUAGAGGUCGAAUAUAGUGUUUUGAGGCCUUCCUGGUUCCAAGGUAUGCCGAACCACCGCACUCUAGAUGAGAACUAUAUAGUCCAGGAGGGUAAAAUAUACUCGGCAACCAGAGAUGGAAAGGUGGCUUUCAUCUCUGCCAAGGAUAUCGCUAUGGCCGCUUUUCACCUACUCACAGCGGAAAAGUCCUCGGACACAGACCACAUUCUGCAGGGUCCAGAGCUUCUUUCAUACGACGAGGUCGCAGCUAUCAUCUCAGAAAAAUCAGGUCGGCGAGUCAAACAUGAGAGGAUAACUGUCGCCAACUUAGGAGCCAAGUACGUCCAGGUUGGCAUGCCGGUCGAGUAUGCUCAAACUCUCGCAGCAUUGGAGAAUGACAUUGGAGACGGCUCAGAGGCUCCCUUAGGCGAUGAAUUCUUCCGAAUCACGGGCCGUGCACCGCAGAGCUUUCGUACAUUUGCUGACGAGAAUUUUGCGAGGUGGUUAUAG